GAAAAAAGAACAAAUUUGUGGGAUCGUGAAAGACUGAUUGAUUGACUCAUGAAAGUCAUUAAAAUCACAAAUCUUUAUUUUCGUCUGAAAUUUUCUUGUUUGCUCCAAAACGGAGAACAAGUCUCAUUCUUUUAAGCUCCUUUCCUCCUCCUCCUUCAUCUAUGGAAUGAAUCACUCUCGUUUUAUUUCCAUAAACCCCCUUUUUGAAUCUCUCUAAACUCCUCUUUUCAAAUUCUGUAAAUCGAAUCUUUGAAGGUUUGACUACUAUGCAUAGAUCUGGUACUGCAAUGGCGUGGAACGUGUUCAAGUUCUGUACGGCCUUACGAGGUCUCGGAUCCAUCAUGAUCUUGCUAGUUCUCGGUGUUGUCGGUGUUACCUAUUACGCCGUCGUUUUGACUAAUUAUGGACCUGCUCUCUCUCAAGGAGGCGUUGAUUCCUUUGUUGCUCUCACCAUCCUUGUCCUCUUCCAUGUUCUCCUGGCGAUGCUUUUGUGGAGCUACUUCUCUGUUGUUUUCACUGAUCCUGGUGCUGUCCCUGCUAACUGGAGACCAGCUACUGAUGAAGAGAGAGGUGAAUCUGAUCCGUUAACUAGUCUGGAGUUUGUCGGUUUACAGACAGAUUCUUCAAACCCUAGAGUUAGGUUCUGUAGGAAGUGCAAUCAGCCAAAACCUCCACGUUGCCAUCACUGUUCUGUUUGUGGUAGAUGUGUGUUGAAGAUGGAUCACCACUGCGUUUGGGUUGUUAACUGUGUAGGAGCAUUGAAUUAUAAGUACUUCCUUCUUUUCUUGUUCUACACAUUUUUAGAGACGACUCUUGUGACUUUGGUUCUUAUGCCGCAUUUUAUAGCCUUCUUUAGUGAUGAAGAGAUACCUGGAACACCAGGCACUCUCGCUACUACUUUCCUUGCAUUUGGUAAAUGUUCAAAUUUUACUUAUGCUUUUAGAUGGUAUUUGGUUUCAUCUGUUUAUCAAAUCUCUCCUUGUUUUGUAUCAUGGACAACAGUUUUGAAUUUGGCAUUUGCUUUGAGCGUGAUGGGGUUCUUGAUCAUGCACAUGUCUUUGGUUGCUGGCAACACCACAACUAUAGAGGCAUAUGAGAAGAAAACAAGUGCAAGAUGGCGGUAUGACCUGGGCAGAAAGAAAAACUUUGAACAGGUAUUUGGAAUGGAUAAGAGAUACUGGUUCAUCCCAGGAUACACUGAGGAAGAUCUAAGGAGAAUGCCUGAGCUGCAUGGACUUGAAUACCCUUCCAAGCCUGACUUUGAUUCCCAGUAAUGCUGAAGAAGAUGGCUUUGAUCAUCAUCAUCAUGUAAAACAACAAUACGUAGAAGACAGAGAGACCUCUACUAACUUGAAGAAUGAUGCUUUCACUUGCCGGCAGUGUAGUGUCUUCAUAUAAAGGCAAAAAAAUUCAUUAGAUUAUGGGUUUUGUAAUGGAGGAGGAUUAUAACUUAGCUUUGUUUGUCACACAUAUGUUCAUCUUAUUCAAUACUAGUUCAUAACUUCAUAUA